AUGUCUCAAUCUACCGCCCCCAGCCGCCGAGCCAUCUCCCACGGAGGAUCAUCCAGGUUGUCUUUGAGUGUUGAUAAGGCUACCAAUGCUGUUCCGGCGCCUGUUUUUGGCCGUCAUCCUCUCCGGCAAGACUGGUCUUUGUCUUACGUCCACCGACCUCCUAACGCGAAGGUGGACUAUGAGAAGGAGAUUCGCCGAGUCGCUACUUUUGGUUCUAUCGAAUCAUUCCUCCACCUAUACUCCCACCUUACCCCGGUGAACGAACUACCCCCCGUCACCGACAUGCUCGUAUUCGUCAGCCGUAUCGCCCGGCCCGGUAUCUGGGAAGAGAUGCGCGACGGCGGCCGCUUUACAAUCCGCCUCGUCCACCCCAUCACUCCCGUCCUCUACGAAUCCCUCCUCUUCUCCCUCAUCGGCGACCAAUUCGACGAAUCGGACCAUGUGGUCGGGUGUGUCCUCAGUGUCAGGCAGGCGGAGGGGAUCUUGAGUGUGUGGGUGGAGGAUGAGAGUGAUGCUGUCAGAAGCGGUGCCCUCAAGGCAAAGAUCCUAUCAUUGUUGAACCUCCCAUUGACGACCGUAUGCGACUACCGCGCUAACCGCGCCCUCCUCGAAAACGCCAACAAAUCCCACACCACCACCUCCUCCUCCUCCACCACCAACCCUUCAUCUAAUAUCAACAGCAACGGCACCCUCCCGAACAACCCGAUCCAGAAUGGGACCGGCACCACCCCCAGCGGGAUGCACGCGCACGCGCACGCGGGGGAAGGAGGGAAUGUCGAGUAUCAGCCGAGGAGUUAUGGGCACCAUCAUCAUGAGCGGGGACACCGGGAGCGGGGCGAGCGUGGUGAGCGUGGAGAUAGGGGAGAUAGGGGAGAUAGGAGAGAAAGAGGAGAAGCCGGAGGUGGAAGUGGGAGUGGAACUUGGAGUAGCGCGUUCAGGGAUCAGAGGAGGACUGGUGGACCUGGACCUGGGGCUGGGGCUGGGGCUGGGGCUGGAGGGUUAGGUCUGGGUUCUGGUGCGGCGUGGUGA